GGUGGUGAUGACGGGAGAACUGUCGGCUUUGUCCCUGGUUGUGGCGGUCGCACCGGUGUUAGAAAUGAUGUGGCUGUCUUAGGAUUCCGGCUUAUAAAACGAGAAAAAAAAAGUUGGCACCUUUUUUUAAUUACUGAAAACGUUUUUAAUUAUUUUUUUCAUUCUGAUCUGAUCUUUGUUGCUGGUUCGUGGUGUCGAUUGAACUGUUUGGGUCCCUAAGAGUGUGGGGAAUGCAUCUGAGUUGGUUCAUUUCUGGGUUGAUUUGAACCCGUUUUGGCUUAGAGCUGGUUUCUUCAUCUUUGUUUCUUCUCAGAAUCUCGAGCUUUUAGCUUUUCUGGGUUGGUCAUUCAGUUGAAUAUUAAGAGAUUGGAUUUGAUAUGCUUAUAAAAGAUGUCGUUCAAGAGUAUUAUGAGAGAAUUGAAGGAAAUGAAAGAGGAUAUUGGGAACAUAUCGAAGAGUGGAGGGGAAAGCAAGAUUUGGCGUAGUCGGACUCGAUCCCAUGUUGCUCCUGAUCAAGCACAGGCUGAACCCGAAUCUAUAGACCAAAGCCCUUGGUCGAACCUACCUCCUGAACUGCUCCUAGAUAUCAUCCAGAGGGUUGAAGGGAGCGAGACCGCUUGGCCUGCUCGAGCAGCGGUUGUGUUUUGUGCAGCAGUUUGUAGGUCUUGGAGGGGGAUUACAAAGGAGAUUGUGAAGAACCCUGAGCAAUGUGGAAGGCUCACAUUCCCCAUUUCGUUGAAGCAGCCGGGUCCUCGUGAGUCCCCAAUUCAAUGCUAUAUUAGAAGGGACAGAGCAACUUCUACAUAUCUUUUGUUCCAUGGUUUGAUGCCUUCCGAGGGAUCGAGGGAUAAAUUGUUGUUAGCAGCAAGGAAGGUCAGAAGGGCUACAUGCACGGACUUUGUUGUAUCUUUGGUUGCUGAUGAGUUUUCUAGGGCCAGCCAUACAUAUGUUGGUAAACUAAGGUCUAAUUUUUUUGGUACCAAGUUCACAAUAUAUGACGGUCAAUCUCCAUGUGAUUGGAUAAUCCCAUCAACUACUACUCGAUCGAGUCGAAGAUUCUAUUCAAAGCAGGCAUCUCCAAAGCUAUCCUCAUCCAACUGCAACAUAUGUACCAUUACCUAUGAGCUCAAUGUUUUGCGAACACGGGGACCAAGGAGAAUACAUUGCAUUUUGCACUCGAUUCCUGUUUCUGCUAUUCAGGAAGGAGGCACUGCACCGACACCAUUAGCAUUUGGAAAAUCCUCUGACGAACAACUUUUUUCCUUGACCAGUUCAAAAGGAAAGGAACCAGUGACAGACACCAGCUCCCCAUCCCUCCCUGCCACUCCAGUCAUCGCCCUGGAAUCAGGAGAGCCACUAACCCUAAAGAACAAAGCUCCAAGAUGGCAUGAACAGUUACAGUGCUGGUGCCUUAACUUUAAGGGGCGUGUGACGGUGGCCUCUGUUAAGAAUUUCCAGCUAGUUGCAGCUGUUGAGCCAUCACAUAACGUACCACUGGAAGAGCAAGAGAAGGUAAUUUUACAGUUUGGAAAAAUCGGUAAAGACAUCUUCACCAUGGAUUAUCGUUACCCUCUAUCUGCAUUUCAAGCAUUCGCAAUCUGCCUAAGCAGUUUUGACACCAAACCGGCUUGCGAAUGAUCACCACAGAUCGUAGGUCUAUGUUAUUGACGUUACCAUGGAUUAUUGUUAACCCUUCCUUGCCUUUGCAAUCUGCCAGAGCAGCUUUGUUCCGAAUCGGCCUGUGAAUGAUGUAGUAUGUUGGUAAGAGGAUUCGCCUCUCCCCCUUGGAAUGCUUCAUGUAGUUUGUUACCAACAUUUAUGUUCUAAUGGAAGCUUUUCUUGGAAGGUCUA